UUGUAGUGGUGGUGGUGGUAGUGGUAGUGGUGGUGGUAGCAUUAGUAGCAGUCGUAGUGGUACAUAGUUAUAAUACUUAUCAGGUCUAUCUAUAAAAGUGCUCAGUUAUCAAAGAGGAAUGCAAGCGAACAUUUGUUCUCCGUAUUCCCCUACGUAGCUCAUGCUAGUGAACCGGUUAACUUAUCUCAGCAAAAGCUAAUUUAUAUGUUCGGUUAAGAGAGCAUUUUUCUUUUGUUUUAAAGAAAAACAAUUGAGUUUACAAUUCACUCGCUUUUGUCUCUAACGGUUAUUCUGUGAAACAACACCAUGUUCCCUGACGUGUUCCAAACUAAUGUCUCAGACAUCGAUGUCGAUGAAUUUGGUGUUAGCAACAAAUGUUCUAGAGAACAUUCCAACGAUCUCUCCACUCCUUGCCUUUAUCGGAGACGACCAUCAGUUAUGUCUCAAACGACCGCAUUUAUGAAAGAAAACGAGAGUCAAGUCAGUUUUGGCGGUUUAUUAAUCCUCUGUAUAUGUUUUAUGUAUGCUACGCUCAUUUUCCUCUUUUGGACAAUAUUUGGCAAACUAUUCUCACUUGUACGUCUUGCAAUUUCAGCACCUAAAAACAGAUCAAAAAAUCCUUUCCGGCUUCCUCAUCCUUCCAACUUUCAUUUAAACAGAGCAAUUUCCAGUGGAAGAUGAAUGACAUCCCCCAAGAAAGUUUGAAAGCAACAUUGAACAAAUCAAAGAGACAGAAAAUUUAUUGGAGGAUUAAGCAUUAAGUAACAAUGGGCAACUUUGUUUUAAAACUGGACAGAGAUGUAAAUAACCAAAGAUUAAGGAAACCAAUUCAACUAAUGAAUUCUUUAAAAAAAAUUGUCUGUCGAAAACUGCGAAAUAGCAGUAUUUUCUGUAGAAGUCAGAAUUAGAAAGUAAUAAUAAUAAUAAUAAUAAUAACAAUGAAAGACUGUAAGGUCGAAGAUCAUACAUUGAUUUCUAUCAUUUUGUUACUAUAUAUAUGUGUGUGUGUAUGCGUGUGUUUAGGUAUAUACACACAUAUAUAUAUAUUUAGAUAUGUGGAGGUAUUUCUGUUAUAAAUCAUUCAAAAAUAGUAUGAAUGCAUUUUAAGACAAAAAGUUCUGUGAUCCUGUUUUGAGAGAGAUGGUUAUGUCUCGUGUGAGGCGCCUCUGAGGGUGUUUUAGUUUAUGUCCGAAAUGUCGAAAACUUAAACAAUAUUCCGUCAACCUCAACUUGUAAUUUUACUAUCAAAACUAUGCAUAUAUUAUUUUCAAGCACGAAACUAAAUCGAAAUGAAGCCAUUUUAGGAGAUCGAUAAGUAAUUAAUAUUAUCAAAUCUUUUCGUCAUAGAGUAGAAAAGAAAAACACUAAUGAUGUACUUUAAUGCCUCGUUUCGAUUUCGUUGUACGGGUUGUGAAAAUUUUGAUAGUCUUUAAAACUCUGCUUUGGAUAACAAACGCGUUUCAUGGUGAAAGAGCCAAAAUUUACUAAAUCUUGCUAAAAUUUAACAAUUGCACUCUCAGUUUCCUUCACUCUAAUCAAUAACUUACAAUGAAACAUUUCUGCAAACAAUAUUAAGCAAUU